AGGAAACGUUCAUUUUUCUUUCCAUAUUUAUUUGCCAAUAGGGUGUAAACGCGAACAAAAAAAUGUAACAAACCUAACAAAUGUCACAUGUUCAAAGAGUGUAAAUCGGCGUACGAUUGAUCUGUACUGCUGUUCCACACGUACAUAAACGUGCAAUCCUACAGUAAAACCUGCUUAUGCACAGAAACUAAGCAAAAUGUGACAGCAGCCUGACUAAACAGACCACUAAGACAUUACGCAACUCUGCAAAAAAGUGCAGAUUAAGCUUCCAUCACUUCUCCAGGAAAGCAGAAAUCGUUAGCCUCUGAGGUUAUAAUGCAAGAAACAUGUGACAGUGGGGGAAAAGAAAAGAAAAGGACUGUCUACAACCAGAAUUGCAACCAGAAGCAAAAUCAAACGCUCCGUCGGAGUAAAAGAACACACAAAAGCAGUUUGUUCGAAUCUUGAAACCAAAAGCAAUUUCCAGCAUUUCACGACAUUAGGUCAAAUUUAAAGCUGUAUGUGCGCAUUGAGAAGGACACAAAAGCGUUUUCUCUACAAAAAAUGCACACAGAGGAUCCCAAAGACAAAUUCAAAGCCGUGUGGUUGAUUCUGUUUAUGCUGGGAUUAGGGACUUUACUGCCAUGGAAUUUCUUUAUGACCGCCACAAUGUACUUCAGCUACCGUCUAACCGACCUCAUUCCAGCCAACGGGACCGUAGGAGAGAGUCGAAAUGUCCUGCAAGCCAAGUUCAACAACUCUAUGACGUUGUGUGCCAUGAUCCCUCUGUUGAUCUUCACCUGCCUCAACUCCAUCGUACACCAGAGAAUUCCUCAGAAGAUAAGGAUUCUGGGUAGUCUGGUGUCCAUCUUGGUGGUGUUUUGUGUGACUGCCCUCUUGGUUAAAUUGUCUAUUAAUCCUAUGCCCUUCUUUGUGAUUACUUUGAUAAAGAUAGCCAUUAUUAAUGCGUUUGGAGCUAUCCUACAGGGUAGUCUCUUUGGCAUGGCUAGUGUGUUGCCUGACGGCUACACGACACCCAUCAUGAGCGGUCAGGGUCUGGCUGGAACCUUCGCCGCGUUUGCUAUGAUCUGUGCCAUCGCAAGUGGUUCUGAUUUAAUGGACUGUGCUUUUGGCUUCUUCAUCACAGCCUGCGUGGUUAUCAGCCUUGCCAUUUUGUCCUACAUAAUCCUCCCCAAACUGGCAUUUUACCGAUUCCACCAGGAGAAAAAACAGAAAUAUCCAGCACUACGAGAGGAGAAAAAACUCAAACUUAUGAAAAACGGGGACAACAGCGGAAGGAUGAGCACGAGUGAAGAGGCCCGGCAAAAUCCCUCGCUUUGGAUUAUCUUUAAAAAGAUCUGGGUGAUGGCUUUGUCUGUAUGCUUUGCUUUCACCAUCACCAUCGGCAUUUUCCCCGCCGUCGCCGCUGACGUCAAAUCCACCAUUGCUAAAGGAGGACUUUGGGAGGAAUACUUCAUUCCUGUGUCCGGUUUCCUGCUCUUUAACCUGUUUGACUGGUUGGGAAGGAGCCUGACUGCUGUGUGUUUGUGGCCUGGGAAGGACAGCAAACUGUUGCCAGUGCUUCUGUUAGUGCGCGUGAUCUUCGUGCCUCUCUUCAUGCUGUGUAACGUCCAGCCACGCUACACGAACAGCAUACCGGUCGUCUUCUCACACGACGCCUGGUUCACCGUCUUCAUUAUCCUCUUCGCUUUCUCCAACGGCUACCUGGCCAGCCUUUGCAUGUGUUUUUGCCCCAACCUAGUGAACGCACACGAGGCGGAGACGGCUGGAGCCGUCAUGGCCUUCUUCAUGUCUCUCGGUCUCGCCUUGGGUGCAUCGUUCUCCUUCCUGUUCCGAGGGGUCAUUUGAGGUCGGCUUUUCACCUUGUUGGAUGUUUAAAGACGUCCAUCCUAAACAGGAGCCGUUUGUGAAUAAUUUUUACUGUGUCUGAUAUGUUUUAUAUAAUAUUCUGAUCGGUUUAAGGGUGAUUUGAGACGCGAGAUGGCACAGAAGCGCGUAACGGAUGAACAGUUGGACAGUCGGACACCUCGAAUCUCAAUGACACCGUCCCACAUGAUGGGAUGAAAGUUUUUUAAAAAAAAUAAUACUAUUUGUACAUUUUUUUAGUGAACACUACCUGUUCUUUUUUAACAACGAUAUACAGUAUAUUAACAUAUUAACAGUUUACAUAUUCAUAUACAGUCAAUGAGCCAGUCUUUCUACCAGUGUUAUGUGUGAGCCACAACAAUUUUCAUUAGAAAUGACAUUAGACAACAACUUGAGUGAAAAAGUAGAAUCUUUGAACUAUUUACAUGGAUUUCAGACUCUCUCAGCAUUUGCCAUGUCCCCUUUUUUGCUUUAAUGACCGUCUGCACUCGAGCUGGCAUGGACUCAACUUUGCACA